AAUAAUAUGUCAUAAUAUCGUUUGGGCACAAAAUAUAUUGUAAUAUUGUUAUUUGUUAUCAAACCGCCGCCGUCGUCGGCGUACCUGUUUCGAUACAUUAUUAGGUAUACGACGUACGUGUGCGAUCGUUGCGAAUCCGUUGCAACCAGUGACGUUUUUCCGUGUUGAAAUUACCGACGGUUCCAGUUUUCGCAGCCCCGUCGGCCGACUUCAUUUCCCGGCUCGAAGAAAAACCAGUCGGCGUGUCGGUUAUACAUCGUUUUGUUUGCGCGCGAGUGCCAACGACCGGGCCCCUGUUUUAAAAUUAUUUUCUUAACACUUUGUGUACGCGCGCGUGUGUGUGUGUGUGUGAUGCGGUUUCCAGUAUUGUGUUCUCCGGAUCAUCGUCGUCAUUGCCGCCGGUGCCACCGUGACCCAGUGAUCUCGCGGAGAAGCGUCCGAUCUUAAACACGUACUAGAUAUUAUAUACGUAUAUCAUAUUGUACGGUGCACUUACGCAGGUCAUAGAUUGUCAAAGCAUAUUGAAAUCAAUACAUUAAGACAUUAAGACUUUUUGGAGUGCAAUUUUUAGCCACCAGGGGUGUCUGGCCGUCAAACCGCAUUCUCAAACCGCACCAAUAAUACGCAGAGGGACUUUGAUGACAAUAUGACGGCAAGUCGGUGGCGAUGACUGUCGUCGCUUCGGUGACGACGACCGCUGACACUGCAACCGCACCGCAACGAUGACGGGAACGACAACGUGGUCGGCAGCGACUGCGGCGGCGGUUCCGUCAGCGGCCGCGGACACGUGGUAGUGCGUGGCCGCGCAUCCGGCUCGGCCGUUCUCCGAGGUCAUCGUCGCGUGCGAUCGGCGUCGGACGACAGCCGCACCGCCACCACCGACAACACCGCCACCGACAACACCGCCACCGAGGCGGCGGCGGGGGGACGGCGGCCGUCUCGACGGCCGCUCGUCCACGACUGCGACGCGACCGACGGUUCGUCGCGCUGGCCCGCUGACCGCGUCGCGGCGACCACCACUGCCCGCGCGCGCGCGCCGACCACCCCGAGAGCACGCGAGCCGCGCGCCGCCCGUCCACGCUAACGGUGGCCGAAACGCGACCGCCGAACGCCCGCCGCCAGUGGCCGGGCCCGAUGAACCGGACCGAGUGCCAGACGCUGCGCGACUCGCUAGUGUGGAGAGACGCGCAGGUUUUGGGCACCCUGGCCGGACUGUCUUUCAUCGCGCUGGUCGUGACCGUCGGCAAUACGCUCGUCGUGGCCGCCGUGUUCAACAGCUCCAAGCUCCGGUCGCCGACCAACACGUUCAUCGUUUCGCUGGCCGUGUCCGACCUGAUGGUCGGCGUGGCCGUGUUGCCAUUCAGUGCCACCUGGGAGGUGUUCAAGGUAUGUCGACGUACCAAACAUACAUUAUAUCUCAUACCAAGUAUAACGUUAAGCGCAGACGAAAAAAGUUUUUGGAGCCUAGGACAGAUUUCUUCCAACGAGACCAAAAAACGCUAUCUUUUUUUAACAUUUAAUUGUUAA